GAAACCAUUCCCCUUGACAUUCAUAAACAAAACUUACAAAAGAACACAAGUCUCGCAAAAAAAAAAAAAAUUAUAAAAAUAUUUUAUUAGAUACAAGUGAAAUAUAAAAACAACAGACAAGGAAAAUUAUAAAAGGCAGAAGAUUAAGAAAAAAUCUACAAAGAAAAAAAGGAAAUAAUUAAGAAAUUUUCUUAUUAACAAAUUUUUUUUAAAAAAAUUGACUCAUUUGUAUUUAUUAAAACAAAUAUCAACAACAAAGGUAACAAAAGCUUAAAUAAAGACUGAAAAGAGCAAACAGAAAAAAUAAAAAAACAAUUCUAAGAAAAUUCUUGUUUUAAAGGAUUUUUAAACUCAAACAAACAAAAAAAGCUACAAAUUGAUCUCAACAAACAAACUGUACUAAACUUUUAAGCAAUAUUUUUAUUUUUCAACAAGAAAACGAUAUAAAAGCUCUUAACGUGAUAAUAAUUACUAAAGUUUUAGCAUAAAUUUAUACAUAGCAAUUAAACAACAACAAAAAGCACACAAAGUGAUUUAAAGCUCUACUAGCUUUUUUCAAAAGCUUCCCACUCUCUAUCCAUCUCGUAUAAUGUUUAGUAGUCUUGCAUCGUUUCUCUUUGGAUCGAAUACGAAUUGUGAAACGAAUAGUGAAACGACUGCUAUUGCAACUGCAACUGAAGUAAUAGACGAACGUAACGCGAACGCGGUAGAUGCUGAUAAUCUUAUAGAAGUAACAUCACUGACACCUUCUGUAACAGGUGCUGGUGGUCCGGGUCAACAGUUAAGAGCCAUUAAACGUGGCAAAAAUAAACGCAACAACGCUCGGCAACAGAAUAAACGUAAAGGAAUUAAAAAUAGUAGCAACAGCAGCAGCAGUAAUAAGGCGUUAUCGCCACUAACCUCCAAACAAACGAAACUACUAACCCCCAGUGAUAGUUGUGACGAAGAAGAAUUCGACGAAGACGAAUGGUUUAUUGUUGAGAAAGAAGCCGAUGAGGAAGACGAUUCCCCAUCUCGUAGUGAUUCCGAGGGGGAAAACGUUCCUGUGAUCGAGGUCGUUAAGACCACCAAACCAAUAAACGCUAAUGCGGCCAGUUCAUUGGCUCAGCAGAGGCGUUUACAACAUAUCAAUUCGCAUUCCCUCUAUAGUGGACCACGCCCACAAAAACAACGUAAUUAUUUGCAAAAAACCCGCAACAACACCAACAAUCGCUCCGGCAACGGUUUAAGUGUCUCAACAUUAAGUCCAUCGCGCACAGUCAACGAUGGCCGCAAUGGCAGCGGUCAAGAGGCGAAAGCUGAUGGCGGCAUUACCCGUUCGUUGUAUGUGGCCGCCGCUACAAUGCCACAAAGUGACGAGAAGCUGGCCCUUAAUACAGCUAACGGUUUAGAAGCGAUCAGCAAAAUGGAAGAAUCAUGGUUCGUAACACCACCACCAUGUUUCACCUCCAUUGGACCCAUCAAUAUGGAAACUUCACCCUAUGAGAACCUAUUGAUUGAGCAUCCAAGCAUGUCGGUGUAUCAUAGUAUUAAAACGGCUCAAGAGGCCGCCACUGAAAGUUUCAUUAAGCUAGAUAUUGGAGUAAAUGAUAUGGCUGAAAAGCAAAAGGCCAAUGAAACCACUCCCAAGAAGAAUCCCCAAGCGGUUCAGUCACGCUCUUCGGGUUCGGGCUAUCGUUUGGAUCGUCAAAGUGUGGCCCAAUUGAAGCAAGAAUUAAUGGCUCGUAAUGUGCAAAAGAUACAAUCUAAAAAGGAACGCAAGGACAUUUGUCGCACCGCCAUUAAACGUGCCAAUAAAGUACGUGACGUCCAGUCCAGAAAUCACACCCAGCGUCGUGCUGAUCGUCAACACAGCAAGAUCUUCAGCAAUGCCAACAACAAUCGCAAAUCCAACUGCUGUUAAAUAUUAAAGAUGGCUACUCUGGACAUUGUUUUUUUCUCACAAAAUAAAAAGGGUUUCCAAAUUUAGUUCAACCCCCAAAAUUUCUCAAAAAACAAUCAUUUAAACAGAGAAAACCCAUAACAACUUUUAACAAAAUUAACUUAAUUUAAAAAAACAAAAUAAAUAAUUCUAAGAUUUUAAUUGAGCAUCCAAUAAUAAAUAAACAAGAGGAGAAAAUUUAUAAAAAAAUAAUAAAAUUGAAAAAAAUUUAUAAAAAAAAUAUUUAAAACUAAAAAAAAACAACAACAAAAAAAUUAAAUAAAUAAAAUACAAAAAUAAAACAAAAGUAGUUUUUAAAUGUUCACAUUAACAAAAAAAUAAAUAAUUUUUCAACUUGUAUCAAUCAACAAUCUUUUUAAUCUUAGAAUUAUAAUAAAAUAAAAUUAAUCAACAAAAAAAAAAAUAAAAUAAACCAAAAAAAUUAAAAAACAACAACAAUAAAAAAUU